CUUCAAUUAAUACCAUUUGAUUUUAUUGUUUUCCAGUAUCAACCAACAAAACAGAAGAAGCGAAAAAAGAAAGACUUUGAAUGCGAUUUUGCGUUUGCAUCGAGCACACAAGAUUACAACAAGGACACAUGGAAUGACAUUCAAAAAUACAUCAAACGAAACGUCAAAAGCAAGGUUGAUGACAAAAUUCUGAAAGCACGAAAAAAUUUGAAGAAGGAAGAAGUUGAAGAAAAUGGCGACUCUGACAUUGAAGAUGAAGAAGCCAUCAUGGGAAACGGCAAGAAUAACUCAGACUCAGAAAUCUCCCUAUCUGACGAUGAACUGAAAAAAGAUACCCUGAAAUUGAAACAGAAAAGGAAGAAAGUAAAGAAGAUGGGCCUGAUAAGAAGGAGUCAGACGAAGAAGAAGAAGGGAUUCUUUGAAGAUGCACCUCCGUAUGACGAAAAGCGUCCUUCUAUGAGUAACCUGUCACGACCUCUGUUGAAGGCGAUAGGAGCGAUGUCGUUCGUUCACCCGACCCCCAUCCAGGCAGCUACCAUUCCAGUCGCACUGAUGGGUCGCGACAUCUGUGGUUGUGCGGCUGGUACCGGAAAGACUGCUGCAUACAUGUUGCCCACUCUGGAGAGGCUCAUCUAUAAACCUUUGAGCGGAGCUCCUGUCACCAGAGUUGUGGUUCUGGUGCCAACUCGAGAACUGGGUGUUCAAGUUUACUCAGUCACCAGGCAGUUGGCUCAGUUUACCAAGAUCGAUGUCGCUCUGUCUGUCGGAGGGCUGGAUGUCAAAGUGCAGGAACAAAUGCUGCGUAAAUCGCCGGACAUAGUCAUCGCCACACCAGGUCGUCUAAUCGACCACAUCAGGAAUGCACCUUCUUUCAGCAUAGACCAAGUCGAGGUGCUGAUCCUAGACGAAGCCGACCGUAUCUUAGACGAGUAUUUCCAGGAGCAGUUGCACGAAAUAGUGAAGCAGUGCUCUAGGACUAGACAGACGCUGCUGUUCAGUGCCACCAUGACGGACGCCGUCAGGGACCUGGCCUCUGUGUCGCUCGACAAGCCUGUGCGCAUAUUCGUCGACAACAAUCAGGAUGUCGCCUUCAAUCUCAGGCAGGAGUUUGUCAAGAUAAGACAGAAAUACGAGCCAUACAGAGAGGCAAUUCUGGCUUCGCUGGUGUGCCGCACUUUCCAUAGCAGUACAAUGGUGUUUGUGCAGACCAAGAAGGAAGCUCACCGUGUUCACAUCAUGUUGGGUCUGUUGGGAGUCAAAGUGGCCGAAUUACAUGGCAACAUGUCCCAGCCACAACGUAUGGAGGCAUUGAGAAGGUAA